UCAGCACUUUUUUAAGAUCAGUAUACAAGUUUGGGAAUUGUAAAAAUUUUUGUUAGUCGAGUAGCGAUCGUUUGAAAGUGAACGUGUGCCUCCUUUUCAUAUUUCUCGUCUCCCGCGGAGUUAGCAAACAAAUUCAGUGAUCAUGAAAUUCAAUAGCAUUUUCCUUCUAGCAAUUGUCUUAUUUUCGGCAUUAGUCCUAGUUUCCUGCCAAGAUGAUGCAGCCAAAGCUAGAAGCAAUCCAUUGUUGCGUCGUGCCGGUGCUCGAGCUGGUCCAAAAACCAGCACAACAACAGCAGCUCCAGCUGAAGAGGCAGAAGCCGGUGAAGAGGAUUACGACCAGGCCGAAGGACAAGAAGAAGGAGAACAAGAAGCUGAAGAACCUGUUUCCACCACAUCAUCGACAGAACCACCAAAGAAAAUUGGACCAAUCAUCCGUCCAUUCCGUAGCAACGAUGAUUUGCUCAAUGCCUUGAGACGUCGUCAAAUGAAUGCUAAGCCAGGAGUUUAUAAACCACUCCGCCCAACAUCAGGAGAUGAUGAAGAAAACAAAGAACCUGCACCAGCUCCAGCCGCAAAAUCGUCCUCUGCGAAAGACUCAGGCUCACGACGACGAUUUGGUAGGGGUAGCCCAAAAUCAGCUGCGGCUGGUGAGGAAGAAAUUAUUGCCGCCGAAGGUGAUGCUGCUGCUGCUCCAAAAACACCAUCACGCUUUAAUUUAAGAUCAGCAAGAAGUUAGAUAUUAAGAGUUUACCCGUUCCGUUGUUUGCUAUGCUAGUAAAUUUUGUAAAUAAAAAAGAAGAAAAUCACAAAAAUAA